GAUCAGCCUUGUGGGUAGAAAACAGGAAUUGCGUCAUCGAACGUCAUCUGUACCAUGGCGACAGGGACGCUGAGAGAUUUUAUGUAUGGGUUGUUCGUGAUAUUCUUGUUAAAACUGAAUAUUUUCUCUUGCCAGCAGUUCUCUAUAGCAUUUCAGCAGCCUUCAGAUUGUCGAGGGGAAAACUAUUUUGAUAUUUCGAGCUUGUCUUGUUUGAAAUGUGGACCGAAUCAAAUCAGCAGUAACGUUAAAUCAGGACUGACCUGUGAGUGUAAGACUGGUUUCAGAGUGUUAGUCAGUAAUGGAGCGUCCAUCACCUGUCAACAGUGUCGUGAUGCUAAUCAGGGGGUCACACAGGAUGGCUAUGGGUGCAUCCAAUGUCCAGGAAGUGUGAGUGAGAAUGGCAAGUGUCAGUGUCCUAAGGGAAACGUGCUGGUGGAGAGAGAUGGAAAUGGGAAUCUGUUAAAUGAAGCCCGAUGUGAAGCAUGCAGUGCAACAGAGCCAUCUUUCUCUGAGCCAGAUACAACCGGCAGCAGGUGUGUGAGGUGCGAAGAUUCCUUCAUCAACUCGUCUCAAUCUUGUGUUUGCGGGACCUCAAACAUACUGGCAGGAGGGAUGUGCUUCUCUCCAAAUAUUCUGCCUACCUCAGUAGCCUCCAGUGUCACCUAUUCUCAGUUGGCUCUCUUUGUCCCAUCAGCCUGGUUUUCGAACUUCAUGUAUUCUUCUUCAGCUGCUUGUUUGCUGUUUUCGAACCGUACCGCGUGUCAGGCUCUAGGGAACAUGUGUGUGCUGAACAUGCACUCCUUCAGCAGCAUCACCAAUGAUGCCUGUGGCCUCUACAACACAAUCUACAGAGCAACAGCUGCUCAGGGCAGCAGUCAGGACAUCUCCUACUGGAGGUCCAACCUGCCUUGGCUGUAUUACGGAGAACAGUCUGGGUUAGCAUCACGGAUUUUACAGACUGAGCCACUUCCUGUUGGUUUCAGCUUUAAAGGUGCACAAAAGAACACCAAUAUUGAGCUGCUGGCUGCUGUGUACUCGAUGCGUGGAGACUUUCUCAGGUGGGAGAGUGUCAGUGGAGGAAACCUGCAGCUCUGUCCAGACACACCUGCCAGACAACAAUCUGCCUUCACGUUUGGGACCGCUUACAAACAGACUUGUGUGCUCUCUGUGUCUGAUCUCCUGAUUGGUUAUCCAGAACCUGUGUUCUAUGAUGUCUUCCUGGUCAUUCAGAGUGCUCAGGAGACCAGACGGCUUCUUGCAGUUCCUCUCCUAAACGUCAACCAGCAGUUCAAUGGCCAGUUUAUUAACCAGGGAUCUAACAUGAAUAACUGGUAUCUGACCCGGAGGCUGAUGCUUGUGGACACAUUGAGUGGCAGAGAGAAGUCUUUGAGUUCUACACCUAGGGUCAUACGUGUGGCCUCUAACAUAAAGAUUGGGUUUAAGCUGGUGCCGAAUACACAGAAAGGACAGGUGUACCCCCCUCUGCUGACCGUGGAUUACUCUGAUAUACUUAUCACUGACCCCAGCACACAGACUGUUACGGUGUCAUUCUCUUUGGAGUAUACAAUGGACCAGAAUGAAGCUCGGAUCAAAACUGAUAUUGCACUAGGUGUGCUGGGUGGGGUGGCUGUUGUCCACUCACUAUUAAAGACAGCAAGCUGGAAAAGAAGAAUUGCUUCUCCCCUCAUUGAUCUGCAGACCAUUUUGAAGUUCCUGUUGUUCUAUGCUGGUGAUCUGGCAAAUGUUUUCUUCAUCAUCACUGUGGGAACAGGACUCUAUUGGCUCAUUUUCUUUAAGGCUCAGCAAUUUGUGUCCAUGUUGCUGCCAUUAGCAGCUCAGGAGGAUCGUUUUGUUGUUUAUGUUGGCUGUGCCUUUGCAUUGAAGACAGUGCAAUUUCUUCAUAAGGUCUUUGUGCAGCUGUCUGUGGAUAUUUUCUUUAUAGACUGGGAAAGACCUCGCGGUAAAGCCAGUAAACAUGUGGAUGGGUCUGGUGAGGGAAAGAGUCAAGCAUCUCCCGUUAGUAUCUGGAGAACAUACUUUGUGGCCAAUGAGUGGAAUGAGAUUCAGACCUUUCGCAAGAUCAGCCCAACUUUUCAGGUCAUGGCUGUGCUCUUCUGUCUAGAGGUGGUGGGCUUUUCAAGCUUGGCCCUAAGGGAUCCCUCGUCCAAUCUCCGGCGAUCUCCUGAGGCUUACACACCGCCAUACAGCCUUAUACUCCGCUAUGGUUUGGCUUCUGCUUUGUGGCUCAGCAUUGGCUUAAUACAGAUGAUAUUCUUCACAGUGUUCCAUGAGCGUUUCAUUGAAGACAAGAUUCGCCAAUUUGUGGAUCUAUGCUCAAUCAGCAAUAUCUCAGUGCUGCUGUUGUCUCAUCGAUGUUUUGGCUACUACAUCCAUGGACGUUCUGUUCAUGGUCACGCUGACACUAACAUGGAUGAGAUGAAUAUGAAUCUGAAGCGAGAGGCGGAUAAUCUGUGUGGCCAGAGGGGACUGUUGCCCAACUCAGACACUCAGACAUUUCAGAUCUCAAUUACCAACCGCCUACGAGCACAAUAUGACCGGAUACUUGAGCCACUCACAAGGAGAAACGGGCCCUCAAGAUUGAUGGAUGCUACAGCCAGUUCAUGUGAGCAGAGCACAAAAGCAUACCAUACCAUGAACCGAUUCCUCGGCUCUGUCAUCGAUCAUGCACAUCGUGAGAUGGAUUACAUCGUGAAAGAUAAGCUGCUGUUUGAGAGACUGGUCGGUAUGGAGUUCAUAGAGCCAUUGGAUAAAAGCAUAUUUUACAAUGAUGAUUCGCACUCUUUCGCAGAUGUUCUUUUUUAUGGUAAUGAAGCUGUGCUGUUGAUCUUUGACACGUUGUUUUUCUGUGUGGUGGACAUGGGCAGUCAGAACUUCAUUCUUGCAGCAGUAUUGACAUAUCUUCAACAACUGAUCUUCAGGCUAAUCCGAAAUGGAAUAGGCCGCAGGAACCUCGCCACCAAAACUCUAGUUGACAAAAGAUUUCUUAUCUAGUUGUUUUUUAUCUACUUUGUUACCUUGAUGUUGUUUCUACUCUUAUGCCUUUACAGCUUUCGUCUUUUACAUAAGAUUUUUUUUGUAUUGUUCUUAGUGUUGUUUGUAUUUGAAUGGUUUAAUUAAACAAGAAAUUGUUAUAUAAACAGCUGUUUUCUUAAUCUUGUUGUUUCUUGUCAUACUAUGUAUAAUGUACACAUUUUAAUACAUUGCCUGAGCCGUGAGUAAAUAACUAGUAGAGUUCUGUGUUUAUUUUUCUAAAACAUGACUUGUUUAGGCCCCAGCGAGGAUCGAACUCGCGACCCCUGGUUUACAAGACCAGUGCUCUAACCACUGAGCUAUGGAGCCAUAUCUGUUGCUUUGUUUGUCCUUUUUACCAUAUGAAAGGUAGUCACACCUUGUUGCACAUUUGAAGAGGCGUGUCUAAUGUUUACCUGCUGCUUUAGGAAACAUCUGACAUUCAGUUGUUUAAGGAAUGACAGGCAGAUGAAUUAUCUGUAGUGCAUGACAGCCUACUCAUUGUGCAUUACAUCAUCUGAAAUGACACUGAAUCAGCAUCUAUCCCAACUUUCAAACUAUCAUAAAAUCCUCCAUCAGACAAAAACUACUGGGACAGGGGAAAAGUUAUUAUGUGUAAGCAGCACCAAGGAGUACCAACUCCUGAAACUGAACAUAGAAACUGAAAGAAUAGGUGUCGUGGCUCCACUUCGCUUCAAAAAUAUCCUUUUGUGUGGACAAAAUUUGUAAUUAAUUAAUAAUCAGAUUUAUCUUAUGAAAAAAGAAUGAUUUGAUUAAUACAAUUAGUGUUUAGCCUUUUGUGAUUAUGAUAUAAACUUUUAAUGAUAUAAAAUUUUUCUUCGAUUGACUUCAUCACUCACUCCUUGACUUCAUUCAUAAUUGGUUUAUGGGUCUGUACUGUAAAUUCCCCACAAAGCACAUUGUUAUUAGCCAAUAAAAAU